GGUGGUCUUUACUAGGAAGCGACUUCACUAAGCAGGAAGUUGGUACCUUGUUAUCAAAUCCGAGUGUACUCCCGAAUAUUCGAAGCCUACAUUAUUACGAAGGCCCAUUGGAUGAUCUCCUACUUCUCCAUCGACCCAUCCAAAGGAUUAGCUUUAUCGGCUUCAGACCGUAUACAGUACUCAGGAGCGAAACUUUCCUCAAUAAAAGAGAUGGGCUGACGCACAUCAGCAUUCAACACCGGGGUGUAAAUAAUAUCCUAAAGGCUGACUCUUUCAAGGAACGAUGCUAUGAACUGUGCACCAGUCUCCGUGAUUUAACGGCCUUAAAAGGCCUGGUGUCGGUCCAAGCGAGGUAUAAGUCUCCAAACUGCGUUGAUUGUCAUUCCCAUAUCCAAGCCUUUUGUUCUGGUCUUGACGACCUCCCACGUCACUUCCCCGAUUUGGUCCGGGUAUUCCUCAUGAGAGUACUGGAGGG